AUGCAGCUGCUUUUCUUGCUGUUUGCUGCUGUAACCCCUCUUCAUGCUAUUCGAUGUUAUUCCUAUGCCGAUACCAACGAGGAUAAACACCCAAUUAAGAUAUGGGUGAGUAUUACAACAACUGCUGCUUUUUACGAUUCAAAUGUAGAUUGCCCAUUCGAUACACAGUACUGUUUCAAAAGCUACGUGGAGCAGAAAGCUUUUUCUACUUGGCUGUCUACAAGGAGCUGUGGAACGCCUAAUCUAUGUCGAGUAAGAUAUCAACUCUUUACAAAAGCGAGUUUCUGA